UCAAAAGAAGCGAUGGCGCACCCUGACGGUACUUUUUGACAUGUUCAGGUUUUGUGACAUAUGCACGCACACAUUCAUGGUAUCAUGGUUGUGAUUGUAUUGCUUGUACUUCAUAAAUAUUUUUCGCCUACGACAGCCAUGCAGGAGACAUCCUGUGCUAGAUUUUUAACUAAAUAAGUAGUUAUAAAAAAAUACAAAUUAUGGAGCAGGCUAAAUCUAGUUCACCUAAACUUUUUAUGUGCACCGCUAUAGAAAACAAGGAUGAAAUUGAAGAGAGAUACGAGAGAGCCUACAACUUCUUCCAAUCCCUCGUGGCCGACUGUAGUGAAAAGGAAACACAUGACGCCCUCAACAAUGCGGUUUGCAAAAAUCAUGAGGAGGUGUCCCUUGGGAUGCUGAUGUCCAUAUUGACAGAGCCCCACAACGCUACGAAAUGCUAUCGAGAUCUAACGCUAGUGACCCGCGACGGACUCACGUGUGUGCUCAACAAUCUAUCCAAUUUGAUUCUGGAAAGGUAUUUAAAAUUUCAAGAUACUACUCGAAAUCAAUUACUAUGGUUGGUGAAAGAAAUGAUAAGGAAUUCCGUUACCGGAAUAGACAGUGUGUGCUGGAACUUAAUGCGUUAUGCUUCGGGGGGUGAUAUUACCCCAAAGAACAUAUUCUUAGUAGAAUCUCUUUUGGAUAUUUACAUUGAGAAUAGAGCAUGGCUAGACAAAUUUCCUGUACUUAUUUGUAUGGUGGUGUACACAUAUUUACGAUUAAUAGAAGACCACAAUAUUCCACAACUCAUGGCCUUGAGGCAGAAAGAAGUGAACUUUGUAAUUUCUCUAAUAAGAGAAAGAUUUGCUGAUGUUUUGACGUUGGGGCGGGAUAUGAUCCGAUUGCUACAGAAUGUGGCUCGCAUUCCAGAAUUUAAUCAACUAUGGCAGGACAUACUAACAAAUCCAAAAUCUCUGUGUCCCACCUUUACUCAUGUUAUGCAAGUUCUACAAACAAGGACUUCUAGAAGGUACCUACAGUCCAGGUUAACACCCGACAUGGAAAGGAAAUUAGUAUUCCUUACAUCUCAAGUGAGAUUUGGUCAUCACAAGAGGUAUCAGGAGUGGUUUCAAAGACAAUACCUGGCUACUCCGGAGUCACAAUCAUUACGGAGUGACAUGAUACGUUUCAUUGUUGGUGUGAUACAUCCAACAAAUGAACUUCUUUGCUCAGACAUCAUUCCGAGAUGGGCUGUAAUUGGAUGGCUAUUAACAACCUGUACAUCUAAUGUUGCUGCUUCCAAUGCCAAAUUAGCUUUGUUCUAUGAUUGGUUAUUUUAUGAUCCAGAAAAGGACAACAUUAUGAACAUAGAACCUGCAAUAUUAGUAAUGCACCACUCUAUGAGAUCACACCCAGCCGUCACUGCUACUUUGUUAGAUUUUUUAUGUCGAAUAAUCCCUAACUUUUAUCCACCUUUUGCUGACAAAGUUAAGCAAGGAAUAUAUAGUUCCCUUCAGCAGAUCAUAGAAAAGAGAGUGCUGCCAAAUCUUCAACCCUUGUUUGAUUCUCCGAAGUUGGAUAGAGAAUUGCGUACAACAGUGAGAGAGACUUUCAAAGAGUUCUGCAGCAAUGGUAACGGGGAAGGUGCUUCUGGGGUGCUUGCAGAGAGUAACGAGGAGAUGCCUAGAGGUCCCGAUGAGCCCGCAUUCUCAGAUGAUGAAGAAGACCCAUUGCCAAUUAUAGCUGAGGACACAGAUGAUGACGACUUACCUUUGUCUGAAGUACGUGCGCGCGAAAGACCUGAAUUAGCUGCUGCUUUGCCUUUGACGCUGAGGCCUUUAGCGGAGACUCUUCUAGACGACCGUUCCGCCGCCGCCGGGACCUCUCUGCUCAACGCUUGCAGCACAUCAAUGCCUACAGCUACAGCUCUAGCUGAUCUAUUCACAGCUGCAAGUCAGGAGGCGCCAUCGUUAAAAAUCACCGCAGACCCUACUCCAGCUGAACUGGAAAUCCAAGUUAACACGCCUAUUUUCGCCAUGUUCAAUUUCCUUUCCAAAGGCAGCGAUGGAGGCGAGACUAAACGCAAAUUAAUACUUGAGACAAUCAAAGAGAUUCGAGCUCAGAACGCGUUUCACGGCGUCGGAUACAGUCUUUUAUUUUACUUAAAAGUAUGCUUCGAGCGCGACCGGCGCGCCGAACAGGACCUCGGCAAAAGGAGAAACGUGAAAUUCAAAUCGGAAAUUUACCGAGAUUAUUGUAGUUAUUUGGAGCUUAAGAUUGGCGACAGUUUGGCGGACGAUUUUGAGAAAUGUCAAGAAUGCGACGCUAACGUUUUGGUGUGGUUGAUACCGGAUGUGUACAGAGAAUUCAAAGAUCAGGCUCAAAACCACAUUAAGUUAUUGCAUGUGAUAGUUUCCACUUUAGACGCUGGCCAAUUACAGCGUCUCGUAUGUCUAACGUUGCAGAACAAUUUGAUGAUGUUUAAGUCUGAUGACAUCACGAUGAUGCUAUCAACCAGUUUAGGGUGGGAGACAUUUGAACAGUAUUGUCUAUGGCAACUUUUGACUGCUCACGACAUUUCCCUUGAAGAUGUCUUGCCGAUAAUCCCGAAAUUGUCUUAUAAGGAUCAUGCGGAAGCGUUGACGUCUGUUUUACUAAUGUUAAAGCAAGGAAAGCCAAGCGCAGAUGUGCUGAGACAGCUAUUCUGUAGGGCGGUACAGCAGGAAGACACGUUUGUUGUGUCAACAUUGUUGUAUUGGUGUCAAGAUUAUGAGGACAAGGUUGGGGAUUUGGUGGCGGUGUUAUUGAGCACGCGAUAUCCAGGAACAAGCCCCAACAAGAGAAAACGGCCCGGGAAACACAGCAUUCCACCGAAUGCUCCUCCUUCUGCUGAACUGGUGCUUGGACAUCUAGAGCAGAUGAGGGUGAACUGUGUAGAACAAGAUGAUAUGUCAAUUUUUAAUAUGGAAUGUAUGCAGAAAUCACUGCAGUUAGCUCAGUCGAAUAGUAGUGAUAGUAUAAGGAGACAAUACAGUGAUUUAUUUCUACUGGCAUGGGAAGAUGAGUUGCCAAUCUCCAGACGCGCUAGGAAGCUAGUCUCCAAUUCACUGCCCCUAGCACUAAGCACUAGCUUGCAUUCGUCCAAUGAUGAUAGUGAGGAAGAAGAGAUAGUGAAGCCCAAACAGGCGAAACGACGGAAGAAGGCUAUCUCCGACAGCGAUUGACAUAUCUGGCGUAAAAUGAAUGGUAACUUAAAACACCAAAGUGCAACUCUACAAUACAAUAAAUAAUAUUAUGUGUAAUACAUAAUUACGUUCGUUACCUUAUGUUAUCAUCCGGGUACAGUUCUAAGAAUUGAUACCUUUAGUUUUUUAUUAGUUUUGCCUUUUAAGUAAUUGUACAUUAAAUCCACACUUAAUAUACUCAUGGUUUUUAGAGUUCUUAAUGCUGUUGUUGGGCGGAUUUUAGCAUACAUUGGCCAAACGCAUCUCUUCACCUUUACCACUUUAAAAAUGCAAGUUUGGGCACUAUCGUAAUGCUAGGGAAACAUUGUUUUAUUUACCCGAAUAUUUGGGUCAUAAUUCUUUUCGUUAUCAGCCGGGUCCACACAGAGCGAGCAUACGCGCGAGGCAACUUCCUCACGCACAAUACGGCCAGUGUAGUCGUGCGAGGCGAGGCGCGAGGAGAACGCGCGCGCCGCCUCGGCCGAGGCACGUCUACACUGGCCGUAUUGUGCGUGAGGAAGUUGCCUCGCGCGUAUGCUCGCUCUGUGUAGAUCCGGCUAUCUUGUUUCUGACCAAUCUGUCUCUUAUCAAAAAAAAAAAAAAAGUCGAGUGCUAUUGUAUGUCUUUCUAGCUGUAGAUUAGGUAUAUUUUACAUGAGAAAAAUUAAAAAUAAAACCAUCUCAUGCAAAAACCUCCACUCCCGCACAUUAUUCGGGGACAAAGAUCAAGAUAACGAAAAGAAUUUUGACCCAUUGGGCUACUCUGGAUUCAUUAUACACGGUGUAACAUGAGGAAACCGAAAGUUUUUAACAGUGUUUUCCUGAUCACAUUUAGAGACUAAAAUGUCAUUUAAACUUACUUGAUUUCGCCUAGUUUCAGAGUUGAUACUAAUUAAAAACAGAGACAUCUUUGUAACUUAGUGCAAAACGCCUUUUUUGGCGCUGAUGCCCUUAUCGGGCGUAGUCUUAAUAUCCUUAUUGAUAGAUGUCAAAAAGUGACAAACUAGGUUUUACAAAAAAAAAAUCUGAAAAAUUCAUUUUCAGUGCCAGUUUCACCAUAACAUUCAAAAAUUUGAAAUAAUAUUUUUUUUCUGGCGAUAUUUACUCAUAUAACAUUUUUUCCUUCUUUUGGUCUCAGAAGUGCGUGGUUAAAAUCUUUCGGGUUCCUCUGUAUAACUGCACACGUUCCAUAUUAUGCAUAAUUUUUGACAAUUAGUGUUUGGCAUUGAUAAAAAAAUCUAUAAAACCUGCCAUACCACAGCCUACUAAUAUUCUACGUUGUAGAUUCGAAUCUCAAAUUUCAGUUGAAAGCAUAUCCUGUAACAGAACUAAAAGUGAAUAAAACUACACACAUACCUACACAAUUUUUUAGUUGUCCAUAUGUCCAUGCACCAAAUGAAUCUCAUUUGAAAAUCCGUGAAAGUACAAAUUUUCAAUUACCAGCAUUCCAGGUUUUCUGAUAUCUAUUUUUACUAAUGCAAGCAGAUGCCACAGUCUUUGCCUCGAAAAAUUCGAGUAGUAAAUUAUUAUCGCUGACAUUUGUUCAGAAAUUAGUUAAAAAAUAUCUCCAAUAAACGAUUAUUGGAAGAACAAUAUCAUUAGUUUAAAUUGGUUAUGAGGUUUUAAACUGAUGUAAAAAAAUUUAAAUAUCAAAAAGUGGCGCCAUCUUACCGGGCUUAGGCAGAAAGAUUAUGGCGCCAUCUCUCGAAACGAUGGCGCCACUGUCCACCUCUAUUUCAAAUUUUCUUUGAUACUAUCAAAUUUAAUUGAUUGUUAGUCUUGAAAAAAUUAUGCCCCCGAAUUUGUGUUUCAUAAAAAAGCCGAGAAGUAGAGGAUGGGGUUGGCCGGUCGAAGUAUUUUACAGAUGGCCGCAGCAUAAAUUUUCCAAUCAGUCGGCGUCAAAUUCUAUUUUUUUUUUUAUGGCCGGAUGCUAGCCCUUUAAGCUAAAUCUUAUAGAACAAUAGAGAUAGGGAAAACUAAGCUGGUGCCAUCUGUGCAAAUCUUUGACAUUGCCAACCCCAUUGCCCGCUGCGUGUGAUAUUUAGAGCCAUCAUGAACACAAGGCCGAUAAAUUCUAUCCCGGCUGAAAAAUGGAUAGUGCUUUGUUGUUCUAUAAAAUUGCAUGUAAACCUAAAAACCAAUAAUAAUGGAAACGUUCCUACGCAUCACUAUGCCGACCUACUCGCAACACGGUAUUUUUCAGCCGCAUACAUUGCGAACGUAAUGACAAUUCCCAAGCAUGUUUGAGAAAUAGGUUUAAAUUUGAGUCAACGCAACGCAUUUUUGAGUACCUGAACCAUGAGUGGAAGAGGCAAUAUGAAGGAGCACGCUUGAGUGAAGAAUUAUCACUGCUUUGACGUGUAGAACUUCGUUCCACUAUCGUGCCGCGCCUAACAUACAUACGUGCAUUUGAAAAGUCAAAUGUAGAUCUUGCGUUCAUGCAAUAAGGUUCAAUUUCGUUUUCGGAUGCACGUACAGGUUAAUGAUUAGAGUGGCACUAUUUCAAAACCGCUUUUGUGUUCACGUUUCGCCGCUAGUUCAGUAUUGAGAUAUAGUUUCCUGUGGGUUUUUUAAAUGAAUUAAAAAAACAAAGUUAGGUAUAAUAAAAGCAUCGGCUUGAACUUAAAUUGACUUUAGGAAACUAUCUUCCUGCGUGUAUCAUAUCGUCAUAUCUUUCAAAAUAACUUAUAAACAUUUUAUAAGUAAGUUAAAAAAGGUGAACCGACCGAUCAAGUCAAGUUGGUGGUCAAGAUCACAGAAAUUGGUUGACAGCAGCUCGCUAGCGGGAUGUGGAGUUCCUUAGCGGAGAGAAUUAAAAAAAAUUAAAUAGCCUGAUAAAAAGAGUUGAGAAUACCUAUCCCUAACGCUAAAUUGUUUUUCCUGAAGAAAUGACGAUAUGUUAAGAACCUCAACAGAUCCGUCAGAGACGGCACACCGCUUGCGUGACAUCUGCGUGCACGGCUCCAACAUUUUUGCGCACGCGUAUGUUCAAGGCUACGCACACACAACGGGUGGCCUUAGGCUAAACGUAAACACAAAAGCAUAAACACAAUUGUAUUGUAAAUUCUAGCACAUCCGAGUAGUCAUUAUGUGUAAAGUUAGAUAUUGUUGUACAGAUUUUCUAUUCCCUUAUUAGUGUUGGACUUAUUUUAAGUGUAAGGGUAUGAGACCAAGAAUUUUAUUCAAAGGAUAUAUUGUAUUAUCGCAAUUUUCGAAUUACAUUUUACACUAGGAUCAAUAAAGUAUUUCCCCUUAA